UACAGUGCAGAUUGCAGCGUGUCCACAGUGCAGUACAGUGCAGAUUGCAGCGUGUCCACAGUGCAGUGCAGUGCAGAUUGCAGCGUGUCCACAGUGCAGUGCAGUGCAGUGCAGAUUGCAGUGUGUCCCUGGAGAAGGCUUACAGUGUCUUCAUGCUGUUUGUGAUCUGGCUCUUCCGCCGAUACAACUCUUUGGCUCAGAAGAUGAUCGUGAGCCUGACAGUGGCUGCCUUCUUUGACAGCGUGGCCUACGUCAUGGGUGAAGACCACCCCGAGGGAGCCCUGUGCACCUUCCAGGCCUGGUGGCUUACCUACUUCGGGCCACCUCGGCCUGUGGACGGAGAUCACACGCUGCGUUUAACGUCCCUGAACAUAGAACUGACCCGAAAUGAACCCCGUCAGGCGCUUCCCCGCACCCGAUUCCACCGUGGCCCUCAACGCGUGGGGUGGCAGACUCCCGGCUUCCCGGGGACCGUCGGCAUUUCCGGGAACGCCUGGCGUCUCGAUCCUCCCGGGCAGAGAGAGACGCUGAAAAAUGCAGGGAUUCUUUCGCUCUGGGAUGCAGCUUUUAUUUGGGAUGACAGCAGUCUGAAAGAGCCGGGAUCAAUGCGGGGGAGGCAGAUGAAAAGACCAUACCAUGUCCUGGCCUGGGGGGUUCCUCUGCUGAUGUCCUGCCUGCCUCUCUUCACUGGGUACUACGGACCAGCUGGACCAUGGUGCUGGAUCACAGACAAUCACGUAGCCUGGAGAUUUGGGAUAUGGUACAUCCCACUCUUCUCGCUGAUUUUCCUGAUGAUCUGCUGCUACGUCCGCAUCAUCUACGUGGCUAACAAGAGGAUGCAGUCCUGGUUUGGGACGUUCAACCCGGACAGAGAGCGUCGGAAGGUGUCACUGGGCGAGGAGAUCAAGCCGUUGAAGUGGUACCCGUCAGUAUACCUGCUGGUCUCCCUAUUCCCCCUCAUCAACAGGAUCCAUAACGCCUUGUACCCCAGGACACCGGUGUUCUCACUGACGCUGAUGCACGUCUUCUCCGGCCCUCUGCACGGACUGGCCAAUGCCGUCGUCUUUGGCCUGGACCGCGACAUCUGGGGCCAGCUGAGCCUGACGGGCUUGCAGCUGGCCCUGCACUCUCGGCUCUGCGACCACACCCGGAUUGGCGAGUACCACCCGGGAUCGGUGCGCUACGCCCCCGCCGGGGAGCUGGAUCUCUCUGAUUCCGACGAAGACGACACCAAUGUGCUCUUCUACUCGCCGGACAUGGCUCUGAAGGACAGGGGACCAUGAGCCCUGCAUGGAGCUGAGCAGGACGACAGCCAGGCAGACACAGGAGACGACCUGUCAGGCUCCAUUAUUAAUUUCCAGCUCUUAAUAUUUAAUGUCAUAAAACUGCAGCUCCAUGCGCAGCCGGGAGCGAGCGGCGAGACACGGCGGACAAGCCCCUCGCGCCUCCCCAGCCCGGCAACCGGCUCCUCCGCUGUUCUUCCUUCAGCUCCCGUGAUUUAAGUUUGACUCCGUUCGCUGCCGUUUUCCACGGCUUUCAUGUUCCCAGUAUUUUCUAAGGAUGUGGUUCUUUUGCCGAUUCCAGCAUGCGGUGUUUUAAUCUUCGUAUUUAUGAAGCGUGUGUGCUAUGUGUAUUUUUUGUACGUGUCUAAGGCUUGAAAGGGGUGGGCAAUGAGGGGGGUCUCAGUGAAGUUCCCUUUGGCCGGCUGCCCCAUUGACUCCAUGCUGCGACUGGAACUGGACGUGCCCCCCUCCCAUAGCGCACCUGCCGGCUGAUUGGCAGACGUUUCAGGACGUCGUCGGGGGAACGGGAGGAGCCAAAGGGGGUCGGAGGACAUGUGACUGGCGGGUCACCUGCUGGGACAGCGAGCAGCGCUGCGGGGGCCUGACCCCGGAGCUGAAGCCACCACCGUCUUCACCUGCACAGUUAUUUUGUUGGCAAGCACUCCUGUGUUAUGGACGGCACCCCCUGUGUGGCUAUCUUGCGUCCAUCAUACAGUAAAGCACAUGGGUAUGAAAAACAAA